GCGAGAGUGUUGCUGUUAUAUGUAAACAUACGGUAGUCCGCUCAGUCUAGUAUAGAUGGAAAGUAUUUUGACGAGUCUUUCAGUUUUGUCCGUUCUUUCGCAGUGUUAACGUACAGCAGAGCAGCAACAUUCUCCUAGGCGCUACAACGGUCGAUUCCAGCUUCCAUCAGGUAGACGAGAAACAAUUGUCACAAUGGCUGAAAAGUUUGCCAACAGAGUGAAAGAACUUUCCAGUAUCUACGAUGCCGUCUCCUCUGCUAAUUCCAGCAGGACAUUUGGGCAGUUCCUUAAGACAGAUCUCACAAAAGACGUUCUCAGAAAGUGUAGCCUGACAGCCAUUGACCUGAGGUACAUCACACUGGAGUCCAACACCCAGCUGUAUUCAUUUUCUGGUCAUUGGCAGGAUGGAAUAGCCGCGCACGUGUAUUCAACUCGAUUCGACGAUCCGGUGCCGAAGAUGACCAACAAUGCCUCUGGUGAUGAAACCAGUUGCGCUCGGCUGUUCGUAACGGAGAAACCCAUCCGUGUUGUCUCAGUGCAACGGAACGCCAUGCUGGAACUAUGCAAGAAGUGGGUCCGGGGGCAUUAUGACCAGGGCCAUGCAGAAGGUGAUAGGGCCACCAACGGCGAGGGGGAUGUGGUAGUUGAUGAGCUGCCACCAGCCAUGCCACGGAAUCUGUUCCAACGUCUUGACGGCCUGUCGUUCCUAGACUACGUUUUGUAUCGCGAACACACUGAGGACUUUCAUUCCAUCAAGGGUGUUGUCUUCGAUGAUGCACCGGCUGCACAUCCUCUUGUUCCCAGCUCCAGGUAUCUCUUGCUCUUUGACACCAAAGAGAUCAGCCUCCUCCAGGAAUUGGUCUACCCGGCUAAGAAGAAGCUUCGCAAGUCAGUUGACGGCUUCCUGAGCUGUGUCAGCGAGCCCAGUCGCCCCCAGGCGCCUCCCAUGAAGCGAGGUAGAUCCGUCAACACACCUCCCAUACCCUCACAUUCCCCAGGUGGGCCCCCUCCGCCACCUCCACAUCAGCCGAAGACCCACACAGCGCCACCUCGACCAGGCACGCCAACCACUUCAGAAGAGGGGAAGUCGCCAAGCAAGCCUCAGGCAGCACCAAGAGAAUCAACCCAGCAUCGGGAGACGACCCCAAACAAACCUCCAGCACCUCCCAAGCACACCCCAUCUGAGGAGACUCCCAAAGAGGUUGUCAAUACCCCACGGGUCGCCCACACAAUGCCUCGACUUGGAAAAGCAGCCUCAUUGGAUGACAAGGUUGAGGAGAAUUCACCGACCAAGCAACCCAUUUAUGCAACACCUCAUAAGGAGACCACUCCAAACAAACCCCCACCACCUCCCAAGCACACUCCGCCUCCAUCUGAGAAUACAUACGAUGAGGUUGAUGUAGAUACACAGAUGUAGUUCUGAGCCAAGUCAUUCCAGCUGAAAUAUUGAAACCAUGAACACAAAAACUUGUAUGGGGAUAUGUAGUGGGAAGCUAAAUAAAAUGAAAAUGUAAGGCCAAAAAAAAAAGUCUCCGGUUUCUGGUAUGCGCGCGCGUUGCUGUAGCCAUGCGCGUCGGCAAAAUGAAAAAGUUUUU